CUGGCGCGGGACGGAAGAGUGGCGAGAGUUGGAGCCGAAGAAGAGGCAGCGAAGUCGGCCAGAGCGAGAUCCGGAGCUGGGGGGGGGGCGUGAGAGAGUAAACGCGGCGGGUUCCGAAAGCCCGAAAACAGGUGCAUAAACGCGGCGUGAAUGAGACAGGCAAGCUGGAGGACUUCGACAUGGCAACCGGAGAAACCCUGUACAUCGGGUCGGACGGCUCGGAGAUGCCGGCCGAGAUCGUGGAGCUCCACGAGAUAGAAGUGGAGACCAUCCCGGUGGAGACCAUCGAGACCACGGUGGUCGGCGGCGACGACGACGACGACGAGGACGACGACGACGACGUGCAGCCCAUGAUCGCGCUCCAGCCUCUGGACGACGACCCGGGAUCCAUCCACCACCACCACCAGUACCACCAUCACCACCACCACCAUCCAGAGGUUAUCCUAGUCCAGACUCGCGAGGAGGUGGUCGGCGGGGAUGAUUCCGACCUGCACACAGAUGACGGCGGCGGGGGCUUCGAGGACCAGAUCCUCAUCCCGGUGCCGGCCCCCGGGGUGGAGGACGAGUACAUCGAGCAGACGUUGGUGACUGUCGCCGGAAAGAGCUCCAUGGGUCGGGUGAAACGAGGCGGCGGCUCAGGCGGAAAGAAAGCGGGCAAAAAGCGCUAUAUGAGCGGCUCGGAGGCCGGAGCGAGGAAAUGGGAACAGAAGCAAGUGCAGAUAAAAACUCUGGAGGGGGAAUUCUCCGUGACGAUGUGGGCGUCGGACGACCAUGAAGACAUUGACCACGAGUCGGUGGUGGAGGAGCAGAUCGUGGGCGAGAACUCGCCGCCCGACUACUCGGAGUACAUGACGGGCAAGAAGCUGCCCCCAGGCGGCAUCCCGGGCAUUGACCUCUCCGAUCCCAAGCAACUGGCUGAGUUUGCCAGGAUGAAACCCAGGAAAAUCAAAGAGGACGACGCUCCCCGGACGAUAGCUUGCCCUCAUAAAGGAUGCACAAAGAUGUUCAGGGACAACUCGGCCAUGAGGAAGCACCUGCACACCCACGGGCCACGCGUCCACGUCUGCGCCGAGUGCGGCAAGGCCUUCGUGGAGAGCUCCAAGCUCAAGCGGCACCAGCUCGUCCACACGGGCGAGAAGCCCUUCCAGUGCACCUUCGAAGGCUGCGGCAAGCGCUUCUCUCUGGACUUCAACCUGCGCACCCACGUACGCAUCCACACGGGCGACCGUCCGUACGUGUGCCCCUUCGACGGCUGCAAUAAGAAGUUUGCGCAGUCCACCAACCUCAAGUCGCACAUCCUCACACACGCCAAAGCCAAGAACAACCAAUGAGACGUCUCCCCUUCCUCUUCUGCCCCAAUGCGCCGCAAAGAAAAAAAAACAACAAAAAACACUGACCACUUUUUUUUUUCUCCCCCCUCUCCUGCCAUUUCAAAUGGGGAAAAAUGGAGCCCCCCCCCCUCUCUCCGUGCGCAAAAGACUUGUUUUUACCAGAGUGGUUUUCAUAUAGUCACAUGGCUUUUAUUUACCAUUCCGGUGUGCAUAUUGUACACCAGCAAGCUCUAUGUUACACUAACUCCUUCGUCGUCAUCUUGUCAGCACAAGAAAACAAUAACCACCUAUACUCUCGUAGACGUUUGGACAAAGAGGUGCGAUUCUUUUAAGUGGUUCUGAAAUCUUUUAGACACGUUUCCUGUUUUCUACCAGCGAGCGGCGCAAGCAUCACUUCCUUUUUGUUUAGAAUGUGGUGUGCAGAUUUGAGAAUAAUUACUCCUCCCUUUUUGUCUCCAUGUUGUUGUAUAUCGAAUGGACACAAUAAAAACAAAACAAAAACACUCA